UGUGCGAUUCGGAGUCUUUGCAGAUCGACAGUGAACUCUGGUCUCUCUCUCUUUUAUUUUUGUCAUUUAUGUCAACUCUGUUCUUGUUAACCUUUUACUCAGAACUUGCCUUUCCCUCGACUCUUCUCUUGACGUUGCCAUGCCUUCUACUUUCAUCUUUCCUCUCAUAUCUCUCUCAUAGUUUAUUUAAUCUGUCACUCUCCCUCUCUCUCACUGUCAUUCUUUCUGGUGUUCUUUCAUCAGUCAUUUACUUUUAUCCACCCCCUGUAGACUCAGCACUUUCGCUCUCUCUCUCUCUUAAUCUAUCCCCUUUUGUCCUUCUCCCUCUCUCUCUCUCUCUCUCUCUCUCUCUCUCUCUCUUUCUCUCUGACUCUUUCUCUCCCUUUUGCUCCCUGCUAAUGGCUGUUAGAUGAGUGUGUAAAAAAGGCAAAGUAAGAGUGUGUGAGCGUGUGUGUGCGUGCUUGCGUGGGUACUUUGUAUUAAGGCUCGAGGUGUCGUCAACAGAUGUGUGUUGAAGAUGCCUGUGUGUGCGCACGUUGAUCUCAGGCAGAGGAGAGAAUCCUCACACAGCCAAGGACGAUCACACACCUGCUGUCCGACUCCGACUCGCGCGCCAUUCCGUCGCCCGCUCUCCCGCGUCUGACUCGGAUUUUUGGAUUAAGGGUCCGCGUGCGUGCUAGUGGUGCCCCCCGGGGGGAAGUCUGCGAGCAUCAAAGACUGCGGAACAAGGCUGAACAAAGGAUUCAAGUUCAGGAGGGCAGGAGAGGAGAGCUCCUUUUGAAACCAAUGACCAUGAAUGCUACUCCGCACUUCGGACUGAUCCCAAGCUACUUCGACACAAAUCUCACUCACCUCAUGGAGGGAAAGGACGCAUCCUCCUCCUCAUCGUCGUCAGAGGGUUGCUACGACCAGCUGCUGAUCUCCACCGAGGUCUUCCUGGCGCUGGGCAUCGUGAGCCUCCUGGAGAACAUCCUGGUGAUCGCCGCCAUCAUCAAGAACAAGAACCUGCACUCGCCCAUGUACCUGUUCAUUUGCAGCCUGGCCGUGGCCGACCUGCUGGUGAGCGUGUCCAACGCGUCCGAGACCAUCGUCAUCGCGCUCAUCAACAGCGGCACGCUGGCCGUCCCGGCGGACAUCAUCAAGAGCAUGGACAACGUUUUCGACUCCAUGAUCUGCAGCUCGCUGCUGGCGUCCAUCUGCAGUCUCCUGGCCAUCGCCGUGGACCGCUACAUCACCAUCUUCUACGCGCUGCGCUACCACAACAUGGUGACGGUGCGCCGGGCGCUCCUGGUCAUCUCGGCCAUCUGGGCGUGCUGCACAGCGUCCGGCAUGCUUUUCAUCAUCUACUCAGAGAGCACCACGGUGCUGGUGUGCCUCAUCAGCAUGUUCUUCACCAUGCUGGCGCUCAUGGCCUCGCUCUACGUGCACAUGUUCCUGCUGGCGCGGCUGCACAUGAAGCGCAUCGCCGCGCAGCCCGGGAGCGCGCCCAUACGCCAGCGCGCCAACAUGAAGGGCGCCAUCACGCUGACCAUCCUGCUGGGCGUCUUCGUGGUGUGCUGGGCGCCGUUCUUCCUGCACCUCAUCCUCAUGAUCACGUGCCCGCGCAACCCCUACUGCACGUGCUUCAUGUCCCAGUUCAACAUGUAUCUUAUCCUCAUCAUGUGUAACUCCAUCAUUGACCCCAUCAUCUAUGCCUUCCGCAGCCAGGAAAUGAGGAAGACUUUCAAGGAGUUCUUCUGCUGCUGGUACAGCCUGCCCAGCUUCUGUAUCUGCGAGAUGCUCGGGAAGUACUGAGCAGAGAGGAGGUGUGU